AUUGUUGUCGUGCUGUGGCCAUUUUACACUGUAUUCCGUGAAAAAUAAAACAUAACGUUACUUCUCACCUGGGCUUCGACGUGACAUUAAAAUAACUCUUGUUGGUUACGUGCGGCGCUGGGUCUCCGAUGCUGUAACCAAAUAGAAAGGAUCAGAUCGGGAGCGGUCAGUGAAUCAGCAUGGACUUUGAGCGGAGGGGUGGCAGAGGGGACCGCACAGGUCGCUAUGGCAACACCCACAACGAUCAUAACUUCUGCGACAUGGACUACCGAGCCUAUGGCCAGGAGGACGAGGACGCAGGCGUGGGAUAUGAUGGCGGAGCGGAGGGGGACAUGUACGGCCACGAAGAUCAAUCACUGGGUAUCCCCGACCUCUUGCCAGGUCGUCUACAGGACCGUUUGGGGUUUCACCAGGGAGGAAAUGGCCGUGGGGGGAAGGGGCUCCUGUGGCCCCCAUGCGCUCAGUCGCAGCCGGAUUUGGCCCCUCCAUUGCUUCGGAGAGAGGAGGAGGGAUCCAGACGGGAGUUUGAGCAGUUGUUGACUGGUCGGCAGGAAAGGGGUCGGGGUAAAGGUGGUAGAGGCUUUCCUGAGAACAGCACACCUCAUUCAGCGGGCAGGGAGGGCAACUGGGGUUGUGGCGGUGCUCAUUCUGAACCGAUGGAAUACAAUGCUGAAAGGCCGAGAGAGGAGGACCGGUUCUCCCGUGCAGCCGUGAAGAGGAGGGCCUUUCCAGUGGGGGCCGAGGAGAGAAGCGCUGCCUCAGACCUGUACCUUGAGGAGUUGGACCAGGAUUACCGCGCAGACCUAGACCAUAACCAGAGGCCAAGCAAUAUCAUAAUGCUUCGAAUGUUGCCACCCAACGUCACCACCAAUGAGAUCCGAGCACAACUCCAGGAGCAGGGGAUCCAACCCAGAGAGGUUCGCCUCAUGAGAAACAAAUCCUCAGGUCAGAGCCGAGGAUUCGCCUUCGUCGAGUUUAAUGUCAUACAGGAGGCCACCCGCUGGAUGGAGACCAACCAGUCGGUGCUGUUGAUUCUGGGACAAAGAGUGUCGAUGCACUACAGUGACCCAAAACCUCGUGCCAAUGAGGACUGGCUCUGCAACAAGUGUGGUGUGCAAAACUUUAAAAGGAGAGAAAAGUGCUUCAAAUGCAGUGUGCCUAAAUCAGAGGCUGAGUUGAAGUUGCCCCAAUUGCAGAGGGAUUUGCUCAGCGGUCUUCAAAAGGAGGGAGCACAAGGCUUAUUGCCCCUGCCAGCGCCCUACCACUCCUCGGGUCCUAGUGUCAGCCCGGGACAGUCUACACAGCAGGCAGAUGUGCCCACCGACACUCUGAUCCUAAGAAACCUCGGCCCUCAUACCGCAGUGGAAACCAUCUUAUCUGCUUUGGCUCCAUUCGCCACUCUCUCCCCCUCCAAUGUUCGCCUAAUCAAGGACAAGCACACCCAUCUCAACAGGGGCUUUGCCUUUCUGCAGCUCUCUACUAUUGUGGAAGCAUCUCAGCUGCUGCAGAUCUUGCAGGCUCUCCAGCCCAGUCUCUCUAUUGAUGGGAAAGCAAUUGUGGUGGAGUUUGCCAAAGGCUCCAAACGUGACGUAUUCAUGACGGAUGGCAGCAGAGUGAGUGCUGCCAUGGUGGCCAGCACAGCAAUAGCUGCUGCACAGUGGGCUGUCACGCAGACUGCUCAGAAUGGUUCAAGCGUAAUCAAUAGUACAGAUACAACAGUGUAUCAGCAGGGGGCAGCAGUAACGUACAACCAGGACGGUAAUGAAUACUCUGGGAUCGAUGGCACAACUUUCAAGGCCCAGGCCGAGGCCAGGGUCGCUGCAUUACCCGCAGUAGGAGCAGCACAGAUGGGGGCGUACGCAGGAGGAGCAGCCCAAGCUGAGAGAGGGACGUCGGGAUCCGCAGGCGUGCAGCAGCAGCCUCAUUCUGGUACACAGGCGGCUCUCAUCGCCACACCUACUGCACCGGUUUCGCAGGUUGAGAUAGUGGGGAAACCACAACCUGCUGCUCCCGGCCAACCUGCGACCCCGGGCACCGAACACGAGCUGCACCAAUACCCUGUGCCAGACGUGUCCACAUACCAGUAUGAUGAAAGCUCCAGCUUCUAUUACGACCCUCUCACAGGGCUUUACUAUGACCCCAACUCCCAGUACUACUACAAUCCCCACACACAGCAGUACAUGUACUGGGAUGGAGAGAAGCACACUUACAUUCCUGCUGCUGCUGGCCAGUCGGACUCUGAAGGCGGCCCCUCGAACAUUGGCGCGGCCCCUUCAGACUCCCCCUUCGCUAACCUUGGCAGCAAGGACAAGAAAGACAAACCCAAGAGUAAAACUGCUCAACAGAUUGCAAAAGAUAUGGAGCGCUGGGCAAAGAGUCUAAACAGACACAAGGAGAACAUGCGUUCUGUCGCCUCCUCCCCCGCCGUCGGCUCCACACCGCCACCCCCGGGUUACACGCGGGCGCCGGCCCACGGCCGCCUAGAUGACCGCAGAGAAUCUGCUAGUGCUGACGCAGGCUACGCUGUUUUGGAGAAAAAGGGUGCACUGUCCGAGCGGCAUCAGAUUUUCAUGGAUCAGAUCCGACAAAGUGCAGAGCGAUCCCCUCCUCAGCCGGAGGGUCUGGUCCCAGCCUACAGUGGAGAAACUGACAGUGACGAAGAAGGAGGUGACAAAGAAGAGAAGGAUGGGAGAAUGACAGACUGGGUUAAACUGGCCUGUCUGCUGUGUAGGAGGCAGUUCCCCAGCAAGGAGGCCCUCAUCAGGCACCAGCAGCUCUCUGAGCUUCACAAGCAAAACUUGGAGCAGAGAAGAGUACAGCAGGAAUCUGCAGGGAAAGAGAGACCUUCUGAUGGACCUGAGCCUCCUGAUCCCAAGAGGAGGAAGUUUAGCCCCAUUGACGGGCUCACAGGCGGUAGUCUUGGUGCCAGGAUGCUGCAGGGAGGAGUAAAGAAAGGGCUUCUUUUGCGAAAUAUGCAAGUGGAAUAAGCCCUCACCCUGAAAUCUCAACUUGCUGACCGAGGACAAUGACGAAGCUUAGCACACAACACUUCACCGUCAACGUCAUAUAGAUAAACCUCUUAAUUUUGGUUUGUAAUUACACUUACCUCAACGGUGGUAAUACACUCAUGAACUGAUCCUGUAGCAGUGGAUGUCGGGAUGUUGCACAGAAUGCACUUUUUUUGCUUUCUCCCUGAAAAAUGCAGUUUUGUGUUCUCACGCGCUUCAAAGCUUGUGUGUGAUAAACAAGCGUCAUGUGGUUGGGAAACAUUGGGGAUUUUCUAAUAUUACUGUCUAUGCACCAUAGAUUUUUUUAUUUUUAUUUAAUUCUAUAUGCCUUGUCAUUCAGUGAAUGACUCAUCUGAGCAUGGACUGUACAUUUCGGAAGAGUUCUCAUGAACUGGUCAUGGUCACACAUAAACUAGUGUGUACAUAAAAAGUUUGUUUGUCAUGUUGCUGAUAGAAAUUCACAAUGUAAUACAGCAUUUUCUCCGAAGAAAGUUA